AUGGGUCUCAUUAAACUCGCAAUGCUUGCCGGAGCCGGAAUGUACGCAGUAGACAAGUACACACAAUCCCGGCGGAAGGGGCAUCUCCAGCAAGAUCCGAACGACCAUACGCGCAAAUCACAGCAAUACUUCGACAACGGCGUCCCCGAGCAAGACCACUAUUACACGGGGCCCAAGCUGGGCGGCCAACAACAACAGCAGCAGCGGAAGGUCAUUCCUCUGGAGUUUACGGAUCGUCGCAGCCAGCAAUCGCAGGAGCAGCAGGGCGCCCGACCUCAAUAUCAACUGACGAAUGAUCCCAACGUGCCUGUGAAUGUGCCGGCGUACAGAUAUGAACCCAAUGGCGGCUACUAG